UAUCGGGGACUUUCACGCAUAUACGUAUGCUUUUACGUAACAUUAAUUCGAAGCGCAUGCGCGGUAGGUAAAUAAAGUAUUGAGAAGUAACAAGUCAAGACUUGUCUGAUAUAUUGUGUUUUGUGUUCAGGUAUCGGCAUCGACUCGUCACAGAUUCAGUAUGCAGUUGUUUCUUCGUGCCCAGACUUUGCACACCAUUCAGCUGAAUGGGUCAGAUACUGUUGCCCAUAUCAAGGCCCAGUUAGAGUCUCUGGAGGGACUGUCUUGUGAUGAUCAGAUCAUUAGUUUCUGUGGGAUACCCCUUGAGGAUGAGGCAUUUAUCUGUCAGACUGGAGUGGAGGAAUUUGGCACUCUUGACGUGUCAUCAAGGCUUUUGGGAGGUAAAGUCCAUGGUUCUCUGGCUAGAGCUGGUAAAGUCAGAGGUCAAACUCCCAAGGUGGACAAGCAGGAGAAAAAGAAGAAAAAGACCGGCAGGGCAAAGAGGAGAAUUCAAUACAACCGGCGUUUUGUCAAUGUUGUGCCAACAUUUGGUAAAAAGAAGGGACCAAAUGCGAACUCGUAAUUUGCUCAUCAAAAUGUCAUUAUCAUCUAUAAUAGUUAAUUGCAUUCCAUAGCAUUCACUUUGUUUAGUCGAAGAACAUUCCUGUAGGGAAAACUGCAAUAUAAGAGCAAGUUGAUUUGUUAAAUUAAUAAAAAUAAUUUUUAAUUUAAAAAAAGAUCAUUUGUGCACUUGGAUACAGUUACGUUGUUGUACAAUGUAAAUAAUAAGAAUUUCUUUGUGAUUCAUUAGACAAGGAGGAGCAUCUGUAGGUUAGGAGUUUGCAAAUAAAAAACAUUUAAUGUUUA